AUGCCAUUGAACUUGAACGAGUUUCCUCAGAAAGUUUCCAACAUAAGACAAGUUUUAACUCUUUCCUCUCGCCGUGAUAAAGCAGACUUAGAUUUUUUUAACUCAAUUCUAAAUGGUUCUUUGGACGUUCCUGAUCUCUUUUUUGCCAUUCCUUUCAGAGUUCCUUCUCAUUCUUCCAGAAAACAAUCCCAAUUUUAUGUUUCAAUUCACAAGAUUUCUUAUGGGCACAAUCAGACUUUACAUUGUAUGCUAAGAGUUGCAAACAACCAAUAG